CAGAACCACAGAGACAGAACUCGGAAUGAAAUGUGAUUAAACUAAUGGAAUCGGAAGAAACUCAAGAACCUGAAACUACUGGUGGAACAGUUGCAGCAAACUUACUAUGUGAAUUUUUGGAGGUUGCAAUCCAUCUUAUUCUGUACAUAAGAGAGAUUUAUCCUGCUGGAAUAUUUGAAAAGCGAAAAAAGUACAAUGUUCCAGUACAGAUGUCCUGCCAUCCAGAAUUAAAUCAAUAUAUUCAGAAUGUCCUAAAAACGCUGAGACCAUGUUUGGAAAAGGGUGAAGUGGAAAAGAUUUGCGUUGUUAUUAUUGACAAAGAGUUUCAUCCACUUGAAAAGUUUGUGUUUGAAAUUCAAAUUCCGUCAGAAUUUGCUUCUCUAAGGCUCGGUGAAGAUGUUUGCCAUAGGAGAACUGAUGACAAGUAUUUUUUCCACAUCGAGUCUGCUCUUCGAGCCUUCCUAUUAAAAAUUAGUGUCUGUGAUGCUAUGUUGAAACCAAAUCCACCUGAUUGCAGAUUUUCUUUGUUGGUUUAUACUAAACAGUCAGCGGUUCUAAGGGUAGAAGAUGAGGAUAAAACUCAGGCAUUCCCUUGGAUGAAUGUUGAAAAAAAUGAAACAGAAAUGAAAUCUUCAUCCAUCAUUCCGCUGAAAUCCACAUCGUCCGAAAUACUUAAGAUGCAGUUGUUUGUGGAAGAAUCCGAAAAGAAAACCACGUGAAACGACGUGUAUAAAAUACAGGAGAUCCUUCGAUGUUCGAUGGGUUGACUGAUUUUAUUUGAAAAGGCCACUUUCGACGUACGGUUUUGAUAGCUACUAUUCUGUGAGUUUACUAUAUUCCUUGAAAACGGAACCAGCAUAUGUAUUUCUCUACUACAAACCUACAAUUACAUGAGCAAUAUUCAUAUAAUAUUAUACUAAUAUAUAAAUAAUAUAAUGUGUGAAAAGCACGUCUUUUGCACCAACCUCUUUUGCAUUCAUUCAAACAAAUAUGCACAUAAUUCACAUGCAUAUAUGAUUUUCACAACUUAUAUAACAUGACCAAAUCGAGGAGCAAAUCAUAUAGCCAUAUGUUCUCAGACGCACAUAUUUUCUUGUGUGUCGGUGCUAUAUCUUAUACGAAAUAUUAAUAGUUGUAUUGUUCAAACCUUAACAUACAUUUAGUAAUUAUAUAACUUUUUUAUCACGUGACAUUAAAUUAAAAUUUCGAAGAAUUUUACGAAGAUUACGAAUGCGAAGAUUUGUCCAUGCUUAUCCACGAAGUCAACUCCCAACGUAAAUACGAAAAAACAGUUACCAUAUGCGCGAUAAUCCGCGUUAAUAUGUUUGCUGCAAGCGCUGCAUGGUGUAUUAUAUUAUGCAUCAUUUGCAAUUUG